AUGGCACCUGCAGCACGCCACCAAUUCCGGGCUUCUCAGUUUUUUGCCAUCCUAGCUUUCUUAUCAUGCAUUUUGAUUCAAAUUAUCGGCACCGCGGCCAGUGCUGCUGGUCCAUACGUACGUUUUGGUUCGCCACGGGGGGAUUGGCUAAACCACGGGGGAGACAUAUACAACCGCAGAUAUGCCUCCGGGGAAACCAAAAUUAGCCCUGCAACCGCAUCUAGACUGGGGCUAAAAUGGAAGUUCAAUGCAGGGGGGCUGGUAACCGGAACCCCAGCUGUAUAUGACGGGGUUGUAUAUUUCACGAGUUGGAAUGGGUACGUGCACGCGGUUAAAGCCUGUGAUGGGUCUCUGGUGUGGAAACAGAAUCUGAAACGACUCACCGGUAUCAGUGGGGGCCAACUCCUGGGCUUCAACUCAACCAUAGCCAGAUCAACUCCCACCGUCGUGGCCGGUGAUCUGGAUAUGCUGAUUCUAGGAAUCACGGGGCCUGCUUACGUCAUUGCCAUUAAAGGGAGCUCUGGCAGGCUGAUAUGGUCAACUCAACUGGAUACCCAUCCCUACGCUAUCAUCACAAUGUCCGGAACCUAUUACCAUGGAGGUUUUUACGUAGGCGUGUCUUCAUUAGAAGAAAACGCUGCGAUUGAGGAAUGCUGCACAUUUCGCGGUAGCUUCGUCAAGUUAGACGCUCGAACCGGCAGGAUCUUGUGGAAGACUUUCACCUUGCCGGACAACCAUGGGCAACGGGGAGAUUACGCAGGAGGAGCCAUAUGGGGGAGCAGCGCAUCAAUCGAUGCUUCAAGAAAUCACGUAUACAUUGCCACUGGAAAUCUGUACUCGGCUCCUCAACGCAUCCAAGACUGUCAAGAAAGACUAAACAAUCAGACUACACCAACAAAUCCAGACGAGUGUAUUGAGCCCGAUAACCAUUCGGAUUCCAUAAUGGCACUGGACAUGGACAAUGGGAAAAUCAGGUGGUACAGGCAGCUCGGAGGCUACGAUGUCUGGUUCUUUGCUUGCAAUAAUUUGUCAACCCCUAAUUGCCCAAGUGGGCCAAACCCGGAUGCUGAUUUUGGGGAGGAACCAAUGAUGCUAAGCAUCGAACUUAAUGCUACUAAACGAGACGUUGUCGCGGCUGUCCAGAAAAGUGGAUUUGCAUGGGCUUUGGAUCGCGAUGAUGGGAACAUUAUUUGGUUUACCGAAGCUGGUCCCGGAGGUCUUGGCGGGGGAGGUACUUGGGGUGCGGCAACAGAUACAAGGAAGAUAUACACAAACAUUGCCAACAGCAACCGAAUGAACUUUACUCUUCUGCCAUCAAAGAAAGUCACAAAUGGUGGAGGCUGGGUGGCGAUGGACGCUCCAACCGGUAAAAUUUUGUGGUCGACCGCUGAUCCCAAGAAUGCCACGGUUAAUCCCGUCACUAUAGCCAACGGUGUCCUUUUUGGGGGCUCAACAUAUUCAACGGGACCCGUGUAUGCCAUCAACGCUGAAACUGGGAAGAUAUUAUGGUCCUAUGAGACUGGAGCCUCCGUCUAUGGUGGCAUGUCAGUAAGCAAUGGAUGCAUGUAUGUGGGGCAUGGGUACAGAGCUCCAGCCUUUACCGCCGGAACCCAUCUCUUCGCUUUCUGCAUAUAAUGAAGUUCUUUCCUCUACGUUGUUUCGUGUCUCAGCCAACAGCCAAGACAUAUCCUCCGCGGCAUUCUUGGCGUUGCACACGUCAACUCUUGAGCUGAUCAUGUCGUGGAAGGAAAGGCGGCCUGUGAAGAACAAGAAAGAAAUGAUUAUGCAAUACAUUAUACCAGUUACGUUUCGUCAAUAUAAUAAUAAACCAGGAGAAAUUUGUAUCAUCAUCAUUAAAUAAACCAGGAUGUUAUUAUUACCAAUGAUACAACCGUCAAUAUGAAAUUAGCAU